GGGACUUAUAGGUCUGUGAUCCCCCUGGGGCUCUGACAGGAGGAGGAGGCUGUCAGGACCGGGUGGUGAGACUGGGGGUCCCCGGAGGGUGGACUGGGGGUUUUUAGGGGCCCCAGGACAGGGGCAGAGCUGACCCUGCUGCCCCUCCCCAGGUCCUGGUUCUACUUCAGCGUACGGGGGGGCGCCCCGGGGAAGCUGAUCAAGCUGCACAUCCUGAACAUGAACAAGCAGAGCCGGCUGUACUCCCAGGGCAUGUCCCCCUUUGUGCGCACCCUACCUGUGCGGCCCCGCUGGGAGCGCAUCCGAGAGCGGCCCAGCUUCGAGAUGGUGGAGACGCAGUUUGUGCUGUCCUUCGUGCACCGCUUCCUGGAGCACCGCGGGGCCACCACCUACUUUGCCUUCUGCUACCCCUUCUCCUACACCGAGUGCCAGGAGAUGCUGGCGCAGCUGGACGGCCGCUUCCAGGAGUGCAAGCACAUGUCUCCCAGCAGCCCCCUGGAUUCGGUCUAUUACCACCGGGAGCUGCUGUGCCACUCUCUGGACAAGCUGCGUGUGGACCUGCUGACCGUCACCUCCUGCCACGGCAUGCUGGAGAAGCGGGAGCCCCGCCUGGACAAGCUCUUCCCAGACACCAGCACUCCACGGCCGCGCCGCUUCGCAGGGAAGAGGGUGUUCUUCCUCAGCAGCAGAGUCCACCCAGGAGAAACACCCUCCAGCUUUGUCUUCAAUGGCUUCCUGGACUUCAUCCUGCGGGAGGAGGACCCCCGGGCUCAGAUGCUGCGGCGGAUGUUUGUCUUUAAGCUCAUCCCCAUGCUGAACCCCGACGGGGUGGUGCGAGGCCACUAUCGAACGGACUCUCGUGGGGUGAACCUGAAUCGCCAGUACCUGAAUCCCGACGCCGAGCUGCACCCUGCGGUGUACGGGGCCAAAGCUGUCCUCCUCUACCACCACGUGCACAGCCGCGUCCUGCCGGGCUCUCCCGACUGGAGGACCUACGUCUCCCCGCUGGGCACCAGCUCCCUAAGCACAAAAUCUUCCAACCAUUCCGUCCGUGACAGCGCCCCGUCCACAGAGCCGGCCCUGUCCGAGCUGGAGAAAGCCAAUAACCUCCGCAACUCGCCCGGCAGCUGGCAAACCAGCACCUUCCUCAGCCCUUCUCAGGAACCCCGGCUCCCGGGGGCCCCCGCUGCCGAGCCAGGCAACAGGGACCCAGCUGUCUGGAUCCUCCCGUCGAGCCACGGCACCGAGCACUGUGAGGAGGAGGAAGAAGGCAGGAGGCCUUCGUCAGCACCUCCCCCUGAAUCCAUCCCGCCCCAGGACAGCGGGCUGGCCUACUACGUGGAUCUCCACGGCCAUGCCUCCAAGCGUGGCUGCUUCAUGUACGGCAACAGUUUCCCUGACGAAAACGAUCAGGUGGAGAACAUGCUGUUCCCCAAACUCAUCUCCCUGAACUCACCUCACUUCGACUUCACGGGCUGUAACUUCUCGGAGAAGAACAUGUACGCCAAAGACAAGCGGGACGGGCAGUCAAAGGAGGGCAGCGGGCGGGUGGCCAUCUACAAAGCCUUGGGGAUCAUCCACAGCUACACGCUGGAGUGUAACUACAACACGGGGCGCUCGGUGAACCCCAUCCCGGUGGCCUGCCACGACAACGGGCGGGCCAGCCCCCCGCCGCCCCCAGCCUUCCCCUCCCGCUACACCGUGGAGCUGUUUGAGCAGGUGGGCCGGGCCGUGGCGGUGGCGGCGCUGGACAUGGCAGAGUGCAACCCCUGGCCCCGCAUCGUCCUCUCGGAGCACAGCUGCCUCAGCAACCUGCGGGCCUGGAUGCUGCGGCACGUGCGGGGCAUGAAGGGCGCCAGCGGGGGCCCGCGCAGGAGAGGAGGUGCCAGGACCCCCCCCAGGACCUCCACCGGGCUGCCCACCUCAGCCUCCGAUAACGCCCUGUCCCGCACCAGGAGCUUCAGCAACGGCACCAGCGGCAGCGGGGGCAGCCAGCAGGACUCGCCCCACAUCAAAGCCUCCCCCAGCUUCACCUUCAGCUGCAGCAGGGACCCCGGCCCCCCCGCUGCCACCCAGAGCCCCCAGAGGGGCAGCGCCAGAGCCCCCGGCAGAGGGAUGUUGCCGGGGGGCACCCGGGGAGCACCGAGCACUGGCACCAGCCAGGGACCGCGGGAGGCCCAGCGCGGCACGGGAGAGCUGGCGGCUGCCCACGGCACGGAACCGCUGCAGGUGCUCCCCAAGAAGCUGGAAGCCAGGAGAGCCCCAGAGCACCCCGGGGCGCUGCGUGGAGCCCCCCAGGGGGGCGCAGAGCACCGAUGGACUCCUCCUGCGCGGGGGCGAGGGCCUGCACCCCCCGGUACGGCCCCACGGCGCCCGGGGGCUGCGGCGCGGGGACCCCAGCCCUGCCCUGCCCCCUGCCACCAGCUCCCGGGGGGGGGCCGCGGCGCCGGGGAGGGGGCUCUGCCCCCGCCGUCCCCCACCGCAGCGCCCGCACACCGGCCCCCCCCCGCCCCGAACUGGUGUGCCUACGUGGUGACCCGCACCGUGAGCUGCGUGGUGGAGGACGGCGUCGAGAGCUUCGUCAAAGGGUGCCGUGAGGGGCGGGGGGGGGCCGUUCUGGGGUGCCCCAUCCUGACACAGUGCCCAGGUGAGGUGGGGGAGCCGGGGUCCGUGCCCCACGUCGCCUUCUCGGCCGCCCUGAGCACCCAACGCACGGAGCCGGGCACCGUCCCCUUCGACCAGGUCCUGCUCAACGACGGCGGCGCCUACGACCCCGAGACGGACCAUGCUGUGAUCCCGGGGUGCGAUGAAGACCAUGGGGUGGGGGGUCCUGUGGGGGUGCAGUGA